CGAAAGGAAUGGAGCUCGAAGUGCUCCAUUCUCUCGAUCACAUUCGCGUUUGAUUGUAAAAUUGGAUUCGGAGUCCAGUCCAAUCCGCCCCAUUUGUUCACAGGCCAGGACAGCCCAGUCCACCACCCGGGUCCGUCUGAAAGGAAGUGGACAUGGCGAGCUCGGUGGCGAGCUCGUUGGGCUGUCAGUGCGGAGCGCUGGGCAGUAGCAGGGCGUUGGGAGGAGCUCAAUUGCCGCAGCAGCAGAAUGUGAGCCGCAGGGUCGCUGUGACGAAGAGGGGAGGAGGAUUGUCGGUGCGAGCUGUGUCGUUGCCCUUCGUGGAGGAUGGGAAUUUGGGAUUCGCUGUGGCGAGCGGAGGGGCAAUCGCCGCUCUGGCGAUCGCCCUGGCGGACCCGCAGAAGAGGAGGGAGAAGGAUGCGCAGGCCGCAGGAGGCAACGAGAUGGACUCCGUCCGGAACUACUUCAACACGCAGGGUUUUGAGCGGUGGAGGAAAAUCUACGGCGAGACGGACGACGUGAACUCCGUGCAGCUGGACAUUCGCGUGGGUCACGCCCAAACCGUGGAGAAAACUCUGGCCUUUUUGAAAGGCGGCGAUGGCUUGAAAGGCGUCACCGUGUGCGAUGCCGGCUGUGGAACCGGCAGUCUGACCAUUCCUCUGUGUGAGGAGGGAGCCGUCGUGAGCGCCAGCGACAUCUCGUCGUCCAUGGUGGAGGAGGCGGGCAGGAGAGCGGCCGUGGUUUUGGACAAGAACCCUCAGCUCACCAAACCCGAUUUCCAGGCUCAGGACUUGGAGUCCAUCACAGGAAAGUACCACACUGUCGUGUGCCUCGAUGUAUUAAUUCACUACCCCCAAGAGAAGGCCGGUGGCAUGAUUGCUCACCUCGCAUCCCGAGCUGACAAGAGACUCGUGUUGAGCUUUGCUCCAAAAACUCCAUACUACUCCGUUUUGAAGAGAAUUGGAGAGUUAUUCCCCGGCCCUUCCAAGGCCACUCGUGCCUAUCUGCACGCCGAAGAGGAUGUGGAGAAAGCCCUGAACGAGGCAGGGUGGAAAGUGACGAAACGAGACAUGACCGCCACCAAGUUUUACUUCUCCAGGUUGCUGGAGGCAGUCCCUGCUAAUUCCUAGAAACAUUGGCUUUCUCAAUUUUUGGCCUGAGAAGCUUGUUUGGGUAGAAUCAUAGUGUUAAACAAUUGUAUAUGUUAGUAAUCCCAGCUGGAACUUCCAGCAUAAAUUUUUUAACCAACUGGGGACUGCUCGCUCGCUCAUCAGUCGUAGGCUCAUAAUGGAGAUGUAAGAGUUGUCAUUCUCGAAUGGGGAAAUUUGAUUUUUGGUCGUGAGGUAACGAGGUGCUAAGUAUGUUGCAUUCCGCUUCGUUUUCACGCCGGCGACUAGUCGAAUAGUAGCACGAGAUUAUUGACUUCACAGUCUGCUGUGGAUUUUCCAGCUGUAAAGAACUCAUUUUUAAUUUGUACGAUGAUCUUGUUCCUGUCACACGCUUAAAAUCAGCGUAGAUUUACUGAAUCGCCAGUCCGUGGAGGCGCCGUCAAGCUAAGGCGUCGGCUUCCAAUAGGCUUGCAAGAAUGCUGUGAGAGGGCUGCUUAAGCUCGUGCACGUGCAUUAGGGGAGGAGCAUUGUGUUGAUUUGUUAAUACCCUCAAAGCUUUUAGCCUUCUCUCAUAUGUGACAAGCGCUCUGUGCCAGCUUUGGUUUCUGUGAACAUCUUCGUUCCAAGAAAUAGGAUAAGAGUAUGUUGUAGUGCUGUCAUCCUUGUCAACGACCCCAACAAAUUUUUAAAGGGAGUUCUUAGCGUUUAUGUUCUCAAAGCCACUCUCUGCACAUGUCAACGGGAUUUAUAAGCUGUCUGAGCAUCUGGAAGUAGUAUCCUUCACUAAUAUAGUGAAAGACGUAUGAUGCAAUGACAAGUAGAGUUAUGCUCUUUCCGAGUUUCGCUCUCAUGUACCUCAGCCUCCGGC